GGCAGUGUUUUCCAGCGCGUGUAGUGUGCUCGUGUCACGCUGUUGUUGUCUCUCUCCUCCCGUCAGUCAGUGAGUGUGAGGCUGCAGUCAGUGAUGAUCCCAGCAGCAGACCACACCACAGCAGCGCGCCAUUCACGCGGCAUUUUUCCUUUGAUGUAUAUUUGAAUGUCACACUGGAAUAUAGAAUUUUCUUUCGAAUCGGCCGAGCGAGCGUUCAUGCAAAUGAACUAAAGGCGUACGUGCGACUCUGACCUCACACUGACUGGAAUCGCGCGGUGUAAGUCACACGGGACACCGUCUGAACAUCAACACUGCACUGCCACAUUCGCACCCUCCGCCGUCUUUAUGGAAACCAAGUACCGUCAGGCAUCAUUGGGCUCUCUGGUUUGUACCCAGGACGAGGAGCCUGUCACAAACCAGCCGGGGACCACCGGGGUCGGAUCGGACUCUUUCCCAUGUCUGCGCCCCCUCACUUUCCCCCAGCAGUCCAAUGAGGACGUGCGGCGCUCGGGAGAGGUCACCGUUACAGUCAAGGAGAAAGCUGAGAGUGUCGAUAGGAUUUGUUCUUCCCCAAAUGAUGUUUCUACCUCCAAACCCACUGUCUCAUCUCCUCCUCGCCGGCAUCAUUCUCUCCCUCACUCUCACCAUCCACAUGUGGGCCGCACUCGGACGGGCAGCCGCUCCAGCUCCAUCGCCUACACAGCGUUCUCCCCACGGCCCUCCAUUUCACGUCACUCCAGUAUCGCCACCAACCCCCCGAUGGACCGCUCCAAACCCAAAGACUACCUCAUCCUCGCCAUCAUCGCCUGCUUCUGCCCUGCCUGGCCAAUCAACAUCGUGGGAUUCGUUUACUCCAUCAUGUCGAGGAACAGUCUGGAGCAGGGGAACAUCGACGGAGCGCGGCGUCUGGGUCGCGUGGCCAAGCUGCUCUCUGUGGUCUCUCUAGUGGGAGGAGCCAUCAUCAUCGUAGCAUGCGCAGUCAAUCUGUCAAUUCAUGUCAAAUACUGAGAGCAGUGAGUGUGCCACGGAAUCCAGCUUCACAUCAGACCACUGACCCGAACACCACGGCCCUUUAGUUUUGCCCCGCUGCUGCUGUGACGAUACGCGAUCGAUAAGCAGAAGACUUCGCUCUCUGAAAGAAACCUUGAUCUGCAACAUCCUUCAAACAGAUGGAACGAGAUGCUUCACUGAAAUCACACACAUCAACGAGAAAAGAGUAAGAGUUUUAUUCUCGCGUUCAUUCCUCGGCACUUCCUUGGAGUCUCUCACACCUGGACAUGAACAAGCCGGCAUUGAGGAGAAUUGCAGGUCAAGCCAAAGUACUUUUCCUUCUCCAGAAGCAGAAAAUGAGCCAAACAGAAAUACAGACAUGGGUUUGUCCGAUUACUCCAACCAGUGCAAAUCAACCGCCAGUUGUUCUGAAGAUCGUCAAGUGGCUCACAUGUGAUGAAGAGGAUCUCCUCAGUGUGAUCACGUCCUGAUUCGUUCAGCUUUCAAAACCUCUGAGAACCUGUGAGUAAAGAAGAGAGAUAUCUUAGUAACAAGAGUUAUAUUUUUGAUUUAUUCUCAUGUCCUUAUAUACUCUACACUUUUGAAAAACAUUUUUGAUUUCUUUUCUGCCAUCAGACAGCUGGAGUUUUAUAUCACGAUACUGUUAUAAUUAUUCUUUGUUUUUCAUUUAAAAGUGUCAAAUGCCAAUCAAAUCUUUAUUUUCCUUGCUCUCUUUUCAUUUGCCUUUAUCUCAAGAAAAUGUGACUGUUCUUGAAAGUUCUGCCUGCAGAAGAUGUAGCUAACAACCCUAAAAUAAUCCACAGCCCUUUUGAUAAAGAAUUAUGCAAGCGCUCACAGGCUAAAUGGAUUUUCAUCACAUGGUAAAAUAAUAGCCUUUCUAAAAACACACUGUGUCUGCUGCAAACCUUUGUAUUGAACCGUGUUGGUGGGUUAUUUAUAUACACUGUGUAAUCUGAAAUAUCUGGAGCUAAAUGUAGCCAAAUCACAACCGAAUCUUGCAAUAUUGUAUUAAUCAGCCAUUGUGUAUAUGAACCCAUCCUGUAGAUCCAAACGGGACAUUUGACUGCUAAUACCGAGUCUAUGAGCUUGUAUAUAAAGAGGAAUGUAAAUUGAUGAGAUUUGGGAUGUUGGGUUUGUAACGAGGGGCAGUGAUGUCAUCAUUCUCUGGUUGUGAAUGGAUGAAGCUUUUGUGCAUUUCACUUCUGUUUAGAUUCGAUGAUAUUGCAUAUGCUAGACUAGAGAAUUGUGAUAUGUGUAAUAUAUAUUUAUGGUAGGUCUAGUUGGUUAAAUCCAUGUAGUUAUUUAUAUCUUUUUUUUUAAAAUGGUUUAUAAUACAUUUUAUUGUUCUUAAUAUCUUUUGACUCAUGGGUCAUUUGACUCAUACGUCAGCAUUUUUGUUUUUUCAAUCCAUCCUGAUAAAAUGAUGAAGAGCUCAGAUGAAUUAAAUAUUUAGCUAAUACAAACAUUGUGCACUUAUUUUUGCAUGCAACCCAUCUUUCUCUAAUAUUUUGAUAGUCUUGUAAGCAGCACUCUUUCCCUCUAUGUAUCCACCGCAGGGAAACCGAAUAAAGCAUUCAAAAUAUA